AUGGACGAUACGUCCGGAAACGCCAUCUAUAAGCCGAGUCAGCUUGCCCACCAGCUAUUCUUCACGGAUGCGAAUGCGGCGGAAGAUCCGGAUGCGCAACCCUGGCGAGAUACGUCGAUCGAUCGGCUGGACAGCCAGGACAACACCUCAGCGCUGCUCACCGAGUCCGUCGCGAGCAGCCGGGGUGAAGCCCAGAAACGUGGCACCUUCGCAGAGCGACUGACGGCGAUCGCAGCGCUGAUCAGCAUCGCCGACCGGUUACGCGGGCCGAACGAGGCGCAGAUCGAGCGUGAUCUCGCCAAGCUGGGCACGGCCCAGGCUCCGUUGCUUUUCAAUGCGCUGAGGCUAGUGGACAAGAGUGCCGCGGACGCGUACAAGGCGCGGCUGGGCGGAUGA